CGCACACCUUUGGCUUCUGACGCUGCACCCGGGAGUCUCCCGGCGAGUGUCUCUGGUUUCUUUGCGUCCCGUUCCUUCUCUCCGGCUUCCCGAUUUGGCUCUGCCGGAGCGAGGGGCUGCCUGGAACUCUGGAGAAGGUGGCUGCAGGCUGAGAAAACAUAUGGAAUAUCUAUGAAGUUACCAAGACUUGAGCUGAACUCAAAGGAAACUUGAUUUAACAUCAGCAGUGCUGAGAAUUAUUUGGACAAAGUGGAAAUAAAGGUCAUUAUAAUGGAUGAUAGGGAAUCUCCUACAAAUGAUCUUCAUUUAAAUUUACAAGAUGUACUUUCUACUGACAUACAUGAAGAAAGGAUCAAAACUUGCUUGGCUUCUUCUCCAGAUGAAAAUGAAAAUCAGUGUAACAGUAGGAAGCAUAAUACACUGAAAAACUCUCAGAAUGCAAUGGGAAGAGUUGAACAGGACAGCAUUAAUAAUAAUGAGGACAGUGGAGACUAUACACCCUGCUUCCAAGAAGAUGAAAGUGAUAGGCCAUGUAAAAGUUUGAAAUCAGAUAUGCCACAGAAGCUUGGUUCUGAAAAAAAGAAUCCAAGAAAAACAAAAAGUCCUAGCAGGAAAGCGAAACAAGAGAAAGCUGACUUUACAGCAGUAUCUUAUGUGCAAGGGGCAGAUGGAAACAAGAUAAAUUCAAACCAUCCUCUGAAAGAACCAGCUCAAACUUUACAAUUCCUCUUCUCUCUUCUUCAAGGAGAAUUAAAGCAAAUGGAUUCAAAUGUGCUUCCCCUGUUCCUGCACCAGAUUGCUGAAACUUAUUUUCAUGAUGGAGAAUAUGAGAAAGCAAUGGAGUUCAUUCGGCUUGAACAAUUGUAUCACAAACAAUUACUUGCAAAUCUCUCUUCUCUUCAGCAGCAGUGGGAAACAAAAUGGAAAGCAACAGAGUGCAGUGAGGUUCCAAAUCUAAAGAAUUCUUCUAAAGAUCUGAAUAACGAAGAGCUAGACAAACUUGCUGAAUUUUGCACAUCUCAUCAAGAGCCACUUGUCUCCAGAAGCAAGCUCAUAAAUAAAGAAAUAUCCUUUAGAUGUGAACGGUUCAUAAGUUUAAUGGCAUCUGAAGAUUUAAAAGAACAAAGUACUUCUACAUGGGAUUCAGAUACUCAGAGCCAGCCAAGUAUUGAAGCAAAGAAACAGAACCAUCACAGAGAAGGAGAGAGAGAUGAAAGUUUCCAGUCUGAAAGCUGUUGUCUGAUUAAGGAAAAAGAAAGACUUCAGCUAUCUGCAAGGAAACACCAUCUCAAGGAGGAGCUCUGCUGUACCGAAUCCACACUGAAUCAGCCAUUUGUUUUAUCCACAGAGACCCUGGACACGCCUUUCUCUCAGUGUUUAUCUUUGAGGGAUGCUAGUGAACAUGACAGCCUGCAGCUAAGGAAAGAACAGUUCUCUCAGGAUGGAGCAAAAAUAGAAGCAGCAGCUGAAAAGCCUGCAGCGACGUGUUUUAGUGAACCAAUGGUAGAUGCAUUAGUUUGGACAGAUGCUGAUUAUAUACCUCCUGAUCUUAUAGCCACGGAUGAAAAUAUUCCAUCCAAAAGAAACUUACUGAGGACAAAAACCUGCUCUAGCUCUGUGGUGAUUGCCAGUAGCCAGUUGGAAAGCAACUUAGUAAAUCUGCCACAGCAGGAACAGCCUGAUUAUGAAAAUAACAGGAAAUCUGUGCAAAACCAAACAUCAGGCAUUAGUGGGAAUGUACAGUUUGACACUGAGAUGUCCAAACAGCCUAGAGUUGUAUAUGAAUGGACACAGGAAGAAACAACAGUACUGGAAGAAAAAGGUGAAAGUGAGGAAUCAGAAGGCUUCCUUGAACAUAUUUUAAAUGGUACCAUAAAAGUUAGAGAGGAGGCUCUUAAAUUUCUAGAAGCCCAAGAAAACUCUGAAAUUCUUCCACUUGAACAAGCACUUUAUUCUUCAUCGGAGGAUUAUUCACCAGAUGAAAGCUUUUCUUCACUUGAUGAGCUUGCAAAACGAAUACAGAUUGCUGAGACUGUUCCUGCAGAGGGGCUUGUAUCUAUAUUGAAAAAAAGAGAUGACAGUGAAGAAAAAAGAUUGGCUCAAAUCCAGCUGAAACAAUCAAAAAGAAGAGUGAGAUUCCAAGAAAUGGAAGAAACAUUAGAACAAGAGGACGUUGGGGCUGGCUCCUGCAUUUUGCUGAUCUUACUGUGCAUAGUAACUGUCUUCCUUAGUAUUGGAGGAACAGCAUUAUACUGUACACUUGGCAACACAGAAUCUGCAGUCUGUACUGACUUUACUGCCAAUGUGGAUUUUUACCGCAACCAGAUACAGAAGGGUAUAGAAGAACUUAAACACUGGAUAAUUUUAUAAUAAAAGAAGAGAUAUGAACAUAUACUAAUAUUUUGCUGUUGCAAGAAGAAAGAAAAAUAGUUCAAGCUUUGAAUAAUUUGGCACUUUCAGAAGAAGUAACAUGGCAGAGGAAGCAUCUGUGUUUUGUACAUAGGAGUUCAUGUCCAGUAAUUGGAGUCCUAGAGUUAUUGAUCAACUUUCAAGAGGUAGCAUAAGAAACUGUCCUAAUGUUCUCCUUUUGAAAUGCUCAGAACAAUUUUUUGUUUACCAACUUAGAAAAGAAAAAAAAAGUUCAUCUUUCCUAAAAUUUCCAAUCCUCAUACAGUCAUGUGCAAUCUCUGUAAAUUUUAAUACAAAGCCGCUGAUUUUCCCUACAUCAUAAUGCAAAGAUACUGUUUCCAAUUAUCAUGCAAUAAGUUCAUAUUUAAUGGAAACAAACCUUAUUUGGGAAUCGUGUAUUUUAUGUUUUUAAUUAUUUCAACGAAUUGUAAUAAUUUGGAUGUGACAGUGGUACAAAUAGUAGCCUUCUCCAAUUAAAUGUUAUUUAAUUGUGCAACAUUUUAAAAUGUAGCAGUUGUAAUAAGUGAUGCUUUCAUUAUUUUCAUAUACAGUCUUGGAAAACACGCAGAGAGUUUUAGUAAUAGAUUCCUUAAAAUGGAUUUAUAAAACAGCUUCUCUAUAUAAAACCAAAUAUAAAAUAUGGCUCAUUUCAGUGCCAGUAAUAGCCAUUCAGGGUUAGCUUGAAUAAGGUAGCAUCCAGAUUGAAUAAAUAAAUAAAUAAAUAAUGAUUCAUUUUUUUAAAAAAAAAAAGGGUUCACUUUGCACAUUUAUUUUUUUAGAUACAUUUUUGUGGUGUUGUGAGUGUACAUCUAACACUGUAAAGUGGAACACAAUAUACUUACAAGCACUGACAUAAAACUUUCUAACUUGACAGAAACAUUUAUUUCUUGAGUGUGAUCCUAGUAACAGA